ACGUUUUGUCCCUUUUAGCUAAUGCGCCUCUAACCUAGAAAAUACAUAAUCCCCCUUAUUAUUGCUUUUUACUCUCCUCGAUUCUUCAUCGUCCCGAAUUUACAGGUCGCCUUUUACCUAAACACCCCCCUAACAUUCGUUACUUUUAACCUUGCCUCGGCUUAGAUACCCUGAUACCUAGACAUCCAACAUGAGCGGGGAGAGACAGCAAGAUAUCGGCGGCAACGUAACGCACGGUGGCGCAUAUCCUGCCGGUGGUGGCUAUCCUCGCUCUGACGACGAUGACUUCCGCGGAGCGGCUGAGCACGCGAGCCGACAGGCGGGGAGCUCCGGCGACAAAGACCUGUUUACCACCUUACUAGGUGCUCUGACCCAGAAGAAGCAGGCCCUCGCCGAAGAAGACGUAGACGAGGAUGACGCCGUGAAGCAGCACAAGCGCUUUUUCGAGCGCGACGAUGACGAUGACGACGCGGACGAUAAGAGCUUAGGCUCCGCCGCCGCCAUGCAAGCUCUUAAACUGUUUACCAGUGGUCAGAGCGAGAGUGCCCAUGAGAGUAGCAGCCAGAGUGCUUUCGUAGGUCUCGCCAUGGCUGAAGCAAGCAAGCUCUUCGACCAGAAGGCUUCUCAGGGCAAGGUCUCUAGUGAUAGUAGCAAGGAGUCCGCCGUGAUGAAAGCUGGCGAGAUGGCCUUAAAGAUGUACCUGAAGAGCCAAGGAGGCGGCAAGGCGGAGUCCUCGGGAUCAUCAGGCAUCAUCGGUUUUGCAUCCAAGUUCCUCUCAAAAUAGGUCCCGUCCCGCGAGCAUCCUACAACGGGACGCUUGCAUUGCUAGCCCGCACAUUUGAGAUAUAUUUCACAUCAUGAUUUUAUGAAAUAAAGCGCAGCUUAAGUUGGUUGUAUCUAGUUGAACUAUAGUUCUGCAAAAAAAAUCCAACGAAAUUCCAUAUGGAGUUGACCUCCUAAGAGCG